GCAUGAUGCGACAUCUGCUGACCUCCUCCUCCUCCUCUGAACCACCCCUCCCUCCACGAGUCAAUGUCGAUUCUAUAUACUCCCGAUCCGGCUAUAGAUACUGGCUGGAUUCGAUCUCUUUCGCAACGCGAAUUGUCUCUUCGUGUCCCCAUCAACUAUGUGAACCAUCCCGGCGUGGUGCUCACGGCAGCAUGCUUUGGUAAUGAUUCCUACGAGGAGACGGCUGCCGCAAAAUGCAUCUCGAAUCUGCUGGUCAGCGGAUUCCGCAGACUCGAGGCCGAUGUCUUUUGGGACGCAAGUCGAUUAACCUGGAGCCUCUGUCCCGUCGAGCUCGGCGGCGGCGACGAUGAUGACGGCGGCGCAAAUGCAACGCUCACCGCGUCUACCAGCGUGCCGGCUGCCCCCAUCUCGGUGGACAGCAACAUGGCAGGCAGAGACAUGCAUCAUCUACGGAGACAGGACGAAGAAACACUAUCACAGACCAGCGCCGCCUCCACCACUGUGGUCAUGUCCACGAGCAUGAUGCCCAUCGCCACUCUCACCGCAAAUCCCACCAACACUUCUGCGCCAGGCACUUCUCCGCCUGCAAACUCGGACGCUGCUGGCGGCACGCUGUUCAAGGCGGGACCGUAUUCUUGCACUUACAAGACAGACUGGCAGUUGCUUGUCAGUAUCGUAUCUGCACAUCUGGCAAAUACGGAUACUGACCUUGCUGCAAGAACGCUCACUCUCAUGCUCAAUCUGCACGCAGCCGCGCCAGCUUCCGGUGGACCUGCCCAAGCACCUAGUGAUACCAACCUACCACAGGGGGCAUCGCUGCUCAGUGCGGAGCUUGCACGAAAUGUAUCUGCCUAUUUGUAUCCGCCAGGCGAUCUGCUCAGCCAGAGAGAUGAUCUGAAUCAUAGCGGGAGCUGGUUCUCGACAUACGGUGCAGCCCACCCACUCGCAUCCUACUUCACGGUGGAGAGUGGCAACACGCCCUCUUCUCCCGAUGGCUGGCCAAGCGAAGGUUUUGUGGAACUUCCGGGCGUGUCGAACCGAUUGACAGUAGGAUUUGGAAGUAUUGAUCCUCAGAUGGCUGCGUACAAUUCCACUGGUGAUCGCGCAGCCAUCUUUCCGCUGGGAUAUCUGGAGUCCAUCACAAACGUUACCUAUACGGAUUCUGGUAACGUCACGACGGGCUGCUUCUUCAAUCCCGUCGAAACCAAUUUAGCAGAUGUGAACUCCUCUUGGGCAGUUUCCAGUCUCGGGAGCGGCGCCAGUGCUACUCCUGCAGAGCUAUCUACGUACCUGAGCCAGGCGCGGAGUCUCACCACGUGUGGAAUAUCGCCCAUCUUGAAUGCGACACUGGGCAACGCUUCCGCGGACCAAGGGUUCGAGCCAUAUCUUGCCUUUGCGCAAAGUACUGUCUGGUCGUGGUCUGCCGGACAGCCCGUCAACACCACCCAGCGAGACGAUUUGGGCGAUGAUCGAUGCGCAGCUCUCAACUCGACGUCUGGCAAUUGGCAAGUCCUGGACUGUGGUGCGUCUCGUCGUGGCGCCUGCAGAGUGGGGAGUCAACCCUACGAAUGGGAAAUCAGCGACGCGCAGGUGCCGUACGAUCGCAUGUACUUGGCUUGCGAUGAUGACCAGACCUUUGAUGCUCCCCGGACUGCACUCGAGAACAGUUAUUUGGCAUGGGUGUGGCGCAUGUACCGAGCCGGGUCUCAAGGCGACGGCGUGGAUGAACUGCUCUGGCUCAACUUUAACGACCUCGACAUCAAUGCGUGUUGGGUCUUGGGCCAGAACACGACUUGCCCCUACAGUGGGGAGCCCGAACAGCAGACUCGCCGGAUUGUGGUGCCGGUCGUGGGAGGAGUCAUUGUAUUCGUGCUCGCUGCACUGACGGUUUUGGUGAAGUGUGCGGGGAAUCGACAGACGUCGAAGCGACGACGCAGGCGAGGGGGGGAUGGCUGGGACUAUGAAGGUGUACCAUCGUAGCUCUACGGCAUCGCAUCGUGGAGACGUACAGCUGCAGGCGCAUGAAGGGAGUCGACUGCUGCUCGUGACGCACCAUAUAGCAUAUACCCCGAGGGGUAAAAAAAAAUGGCAUGUGAAAUACCGCAUUGCCCCUGGCCUUCCUCUCUCCCAUGACGUGGAUACUUCAACUCUUCCUCCAAACCGAGGUCAUAUACAUGUAGCCAUCCAUCUCGCUUCAU